AUGACAGACAACGACUCGAGUAAGACCCGGGUUGAUCGUGCGCUUGAUCAUUUAGCCGAUUGGGUUUAUAAGUCUUGUGGGUCCGUAUCCUUUUCGAGUUUAGAGCAUCCAAAGUUCAAAGCUUUUCUGAAUCAAGUUAGGAUGUAUGUGGUUUCAAGAAGGGAUUUUAUAGGUGGGAGAUUGGAUGUUAAGUAUGAAGAAGCUAGAUGUGAAUCCGAGGCAAGGAUUCGAGAUGCUUAUGUUGAUAUUAACUUGAAUGGUUAA